AUGGAGUCUGACUCUCAGAGUGCCAUUCUUGCAGCUGAGGGUAGGAUCAAACGACAUGCUUGGGAACUUUUUCCCAUUCUUAAUGAAAUCAGGAACUUUGGAUCCCGGUUCUCUCAUAUAGUGCGUAGUAAUUUGGCUGCAACUGGUUUUGUGAUUCGUGACUGGAAUGGUAAUGUUCGGUUAGCUGGUGCUACAAACUCAGGUCAAGUGUCAAUUACAGUUGCGGAGUGUUUAGCUCUUUGGGAUGGCCUGGCCCAUGCCAUUCAUAAUGGUUGGAGGAAGAUCCUGGUGGAAGGCAAUUCAAAGCUUAUCAUUGAUUGUGUCAACAAUGUGGUUUCGGUUCCUUGGAGCAUCAGUCUCCUUGUGCAAGACAUUCGAGUGCUGAGUUCUUAUUGCGAAGAGAUUUCUUUUCAACACAUCUUUCGGGAGGCUAAUUUUACUACAAAUGUUGUUGCUAGUUUAGGCCAUAAUCUUGCCCCUUCCCGGCUGUGGGAUCGUGGGCUUCCUCUAAGUUGUUUGGUUCCGUUUUAUUUUUACUUGGUGGGGCCUGCAUGCCCGCGUGGUUUCUGGUUGUAG